CACAAUCUUUACAGUGGGAAAGUCUGAGUCUAAUAAGUGUAUCAAAUGGGUCCUAUUUAACUUAGCUCAGAGGCGUCCCCAGCUGUGGUCAGUCGUACUUAUGCUUUCGGUGAUGUAAAAAGUUGUGUUAAUCUAGCUUGCUUAUUGCUGUGACCGUUUAACUCCUUGUGAGUAAUUGUGAUUGACUACAGCUGGUGACUCCUCUGAGCUAAUUUUAUAUUGAACACAUUUGAUACACUCAUUAGAUUCAGACACAAACACUACAGAGGGAAAGUCUGAGGAGCUCAGCAAAGAACUGACAAAGCAAAUUACUGACUCAAACCUGUCAAGAAAAUCACUUGGAACCAUUUCAAGGAUAACUUGUUUGUAAGUAUGAAGCACUUGGCACUGUUGUGUCGCUGCCACAAUCAGGAAGAAAAUGGAAAAAUUUGUCCACACUGACCAGAAAUAUGUUAGAAGGAAAGAAGGUGAGACACUUAAUUGCAAGAACACCAAACCUUCCGUCAAGCAUGGUGGUGGCAGUAUCAUGCUCUGAGGCUGUUCAGGUGCUUUACACAAAGUAAAUGAAUAAUGAAGAAGGAGGAUUACUCCCACGUUAUUCAGGAAAACCAAAAAUCAUCAGCCAGAAGGUUGAUUUUGGACACAGUUAGGUGUUUCAACAAGACAAGGAGCCCAAACACAGAACAAAAAUGGUACAGAAAUGGUUCAAUCAGGGUAGAAUGAAGGUUUUCGACUGGUCUCCCCAAAGCCCUGACUUAGACCCAUCAAGAACCUGAAGAAAGAAGUCUGAGUCAGAAAGACAACACAUUUAGUUGAACUGCACCAAUUCUGUCCAGAGGAGUCAAAGAUAAACCAGAAGCUUGUAGACAGAAACCAACAACACCUAACUGGGGGGAAGAUGGCAAAGUAUAUUUUUGUCUCAUAUUUACAGAAGACCUAUAAUAAAUCUGUGAAGAAACCAAAAUGAAAGAUAGCUUUUUGCGACAAAGGUGCAUGUGUUUCAAUGACAGAAAGUAUUAAGAGUCAGUCACAACUUGAAGUACUUGCUGGAAAGUUAUUUGUUUGUACUUAUGUCACCAUUUUUUUCACAAUUUAUUUCCAUUCAGACCAUAGUUACACAGUCUGUACUUUACAUACAUAAUUUAUGUGUAUCAGCAGUCAGAUCUAAGCAAGUGUACCAACAAAUGGAUGACGUUUUGGUGGUUACCGUAGUGUAAACAAAGUGCUGACGGAGAAUGAGUUUGAGAAACAGGUGUAACAGAGUAAACUGACAGGACAGAAGCUGGUGAGCAGGAUGACUCUGCACGAGGGAACCAGGUAAAGGGUUGGUUUCCAGCCUGUGAGAAGCAAAAUGUUUGUAAUUCCAGAGGAAAACUGGUUCGGCAGGCUGUGAUGUCACAACUGUCACCAACAUGGUACGUGUUUCCUCCUGCCAGCCGUGUUUCCUGCUUUGUCCGAGGUAAGACCACUGCUCUCAUAUAUCACACUGUUUAAUCAGCGGAUAAAGACCACCGAAUCUGCUGCUUGCCGACUGUUUUUAUGGAACAUAUAUGGUGGAGGUUAGGACUGUGCCUGUUCACAUCAGAUACCAAGGCGUGGAUGUUUCUUGUUUACAUAAGCGCAGAGUCCCAUGUGAGCUUGAGUUACUUGGUUGUAUUCAACAGGCGUGUUACGGCUGACACAGUUGGUUUUAGGUGACAUAUUGACAUGAAAAGACAUAUUUCUGAUUUAGGGUUACAUGUGUUCGGUCUGUAAUGAUGAGAAGAGUAUUUUAAACUUAUAGUAACAGGCAGAUAGUGAGUAUGACCUGUUUAGAAAUAUGAAUACUUCACAAAGUUUCAUCCGUUUCAUUAGAGAAAAACAAUAUUUCUGUUUGACUUGUAUUAAAAUGUCUUGAAUUUUAAAAUACUACUUUUUAUUCAAUACGGCAACUUUUACAGUAUACAAAACUUCCCUUAUUUCUGGAGUGACUUUUGUUUUCUAACUUUAAUAAUAACUGAGAUUAGUGUACAAAACAUGGCAGCAUAUACGUGUUAAAUUGGGAAAACAGAGAGGAUAUAUACUAAUUACACUGUAAUGUUGCUGUGUGUUGUUUUGCCACUGCCACUUUAAAGCAGUAGCACUCUGCUGAAAGCUCAGACAGGUGAAUACGCAGCACACCUUUCUAUUGUUGAGCCACAGAAAGAGGUGAUAAUAGAAGUAACUUCCACAGCAGUCAGACUACAGUGCAUCACUUAGCUGCUACGAUACAUGAAGCACCUGCAGCAUUUACAGACUUUACCAGUAUUAACAUGCAUUUGGAUGCAUUAAAAGAACUAAUAGUAGGCAUUGCAUUGCAUUUGUGCUACAAUCAAGUAAUUUUGUUGCUGUAAAUGAACAAAAAGCUGUCAGGUUAUCUUAAGUCCAGUGAGGACACUAAGAAAAAAACACUGUACUAUAUUGCAUUGAAGCUAGAUUUUUAUUUAUUGUAUGCCUUGAAAUAUCGUGAAAGCUGGUGCAGUUUAUGUGCUGGUUUGAUUCAUUCUCAUUUGUUGUCAGUGCUCCUGGUUCAGAUCUAUUUGAGGAUUUUUUGUUACUAUCAGAAUCAGAAUCAGCUUCAAUGGCCAAGUACAUAGGCAACAUACAAGAAAUCUGGUUUCAGCAGUUGGUGUCACUCUAGGAAUAAGGAAAAGAGAAUAAUAAAAUAACUUUAGAAAAAUUAAAAAAUAGAAACAGAAAUACACACAUCUAGAAUAUAAUUUAUAUAUACACAGGAGUGCAAAACGACAAUUGCUAAAGUGACAAUUGUGCAAAAAGCAAAGAUUAUUGUUUAUAGUGCAAAAGAAAAGGAGCAGCUGUUAAUGGUGCAACCAAACUAAUGCAUAAACAACACAAGUAAACUUUUCUGCCUCUAGUGAGAUGAUGAAAGUCAAAUGCUGAAAAAUGACAGAUUUCUGUUUGGUAAUUGCACUUUAAAAGUUGGGGGGUUUUUGGUCAUAUUUCAUCUUAAUUUAGACAACAUGGUGAAAAAAGACAAGCGAAACCAGGGUGAUGACAGCAAAGGUCUGGUUCUGCAGGAAUCAAACUGGAAACUCCGCUGCUAAUCAGUUCGCCCCUGUAAAUGCAUUUUUGAUAAAGUUACGUCUGACUUUACCUUCCAUCCAUCAGCUAUACUUGAUUUGUCUAGCAUGCACAGAUUCCUGUAAAUCUCUUGUGAAAACACAAAACAACUUUAAUCAUCUGUGGGAAUAGCAGGCUAAAACACUAACCCUAAAAUAUUACAAAAACAGUUAAUUGUUUACCUACCUCUGCCUCUAUUAUGUGUCAUUAAAAGUAUCCAAAACAGGAUUUGAAAUGAUGAAAGUUGUAUAAUUAAAAAAACAAACUAUGGUCUGCACUUGGUUUCAGAUCAGUGGUACAAUCCUUAGUCAAAAGAUCUGACGUUCAAGGUUCAAGAUUCAAGAUUUCUUGAUUUGUCAUUUCUCUGUGCAUCUAUGUAUACAAAACAAAACCAUACAACAGUAUCCCAGAAAACACAACAGUGGGUUAAAAGAGCAAUAAAAAAAAAUGCAAUAAUUAGAGAUUUGCUAAAAGACAAGUAACAUAAAAACAUUCAAACACAAUAGUGGAGCAGGAGCAAAAUAAAUUAGGCACCAUAAAAUGCUUCACUGCUGCAUUUCCACUAAAUUCAAACAGAAUAUGUUGAGGGGUUUUCUAGAUAACCUGCUACCUAACAAACAGAGACAGCAGAUCAAAAACACCCCUUGCAGGAAGUAAGGAAAUGUCUUAUAGCAUCGCCACAGCUCUGUAGUUUAGAAGAACAAGGAAUAGUGAAACCUUCCAUGCAUCAAAGUCGUGGAGGAUUUCCAAAAUGCACAUAUUGAGACUUUGGGCUUUGCUCUUAUGAGUAGAUCUCCGUCUGCCUCCCGUCUGACUGGAUGAUCUCCUGAUGGAACCUCCUUCAUAUGAGGAGGCCAGUCGCCAGCCUCCUGCUGGGGUCACAGAAACUUCCACCUUCUCCCCUCCCCCAGCGUACGACGCCUCCCUGCCGUCCCCCCCAACACCUCCACCCACCUACGGAGAAGCAGUUACAGUCCAGCCAGAUCCAUUUCCUGUCCUGACUCCUCCCUCAGUGCCAACUGCAGUGACCUCAAACCGCCAAAACACCGGAGUCACGGUCCAUCCAGUCACGCAAAUCGGUGUAACGGCGCCUCACAGGGGCAGACGGACUCAGACGGUCGUGACUCAGCCUCGGCCGGUUCCCGUCUCGGUGUCGUACCUGACAGACUCCCCCGCGUUGGUUCGAUGCCCACGUUGCCACCACCUGGUCACCACUAAAGUCCAGUAUGUUCCUGGAAGAGCUGCUUGGUGCCUGUGCGUCCUCCUCACACUGAUGGGGUUGGUCUGUGGUUUCUGUCUCAUUCCAUUGAUGGUUCAUGGAUUACAGGACGUUCAUCACUCCUGUCCGCGGUGUGAAACUCCACUGCAUGUUUACAUGAGAUGACGCACCUGAUCUCUACACAAAUUUUUUGUCUUAAAAUCAACAAACGAACUCAUAAGCUGACUGCACGAGCGCACAUGGACGUUUUUGUACAUUUGAAAGGAACUUUUUGCUAUGAAGGACAAAAUUAUCAUCUUCUAACAGCCUCUUUUUAAGCUGAAGGGUGAGUAUGCACUAGAACAACGGCUCAUGUUCUGCAUAUUGCUUUGUACAUUUUAAGGCAUUCUUCACAAGCUUUUGUAUAUUGCGGAUUCAAAUUAGAUAUAAUCUAGGCAAAAAAAAUACUUUGUGCUGUUUGUAGUGGGUGGUAAAGGUGGUGUUGACAGUAUUUUAUCUCACUUUACUUUUAGUUUUUUUGGCAAAUUGGGCAGAAAUUCCACAAAAACAAGUCUGAGAGGAAACUUUGAUUGCUCACAGUUGUUUGGAACAAUGUCUGCUUAAUUGGUUUUCACCAAAAAGUAGGCCAAAUAUUUUUGGGGUGACUCACUCUUGCUUUUGCUUAUAUAAGAACUCAUACACAGUAUAACAAGCCAUACUGCAAAGGAAUGAGCUUUGUGGAUACUCCAUACAUUAUUAUUAUUUUGAAAAACCUAAGACAAAUUAUAAGAAACUUUCUUCCAUCGUUUGGUUUAUCUUCUUUCAGCUGAUCUUUAAUUAAUUAAAGACAUUUGAUGGUUAAUCACAAUGGCUAAUAAGAUAAUUAGGACUUAGAUUGCACAAGAUAAGUGCAUAUAUGACUCUUUUAUGACAAGGCUCAGGAAUCUCACCUAAUUGAGCGAUCGCUCUGUGUCCAUCCAGUGUUUGGUUUUGGUUCUUCAGGCUCAGCAGUUUCUGACGUUUGUUUUCCUGAGCUCAUCAAAGCAGUCGGUACAAGAGUUUCCACAGCAAAACCUACAUCUGCACAACCAGAUUCUUUAUUUGCAUAUAAAACGUAUGCGUGUUUACACUAUUCAUACUCUUUCCAACAUGCAACCUUUGAGUCACUACAACUCCAGUUCUAUGAGCAGCUUCUAAUGAGCCUCUGCUCUUUGGUGGAUUGAGUGGUCGGGUUUUACUUUAUGCUAUGUUGGCCACCCUUAUCCCUCCUUAGUUCUGCCCCUGCUGUAACAGGACACUUCAGCCAAUCACUCAGACUGUGUAAAACAGUGUAAAGUCCUCAGUGGCAGCAGGAUGUGGAGGCACAAUGGGUUCAACGGACAACUUUUACUCAGGAAAACUGGACUUGGAUCUUGUGUGAAUAUAAAUUUUUGUUUUUGAACAUUUGACGUUGCUCAUGUAGUUGGAGGGGCUUCAAACAGAUAGAUUUCUGCCUACUGCAGCUUUAAUUAAAAUUUAAUGAGCAGGAAGAGAACGCUGAUUCUGCACCUACAGAUGGUACAGUGUGAGGACAGGUUGCUUUGCUGCACUACGGACAGACAAAUAAAUAAAUAAACAACUAAAAAUAGAGCACAUUUAUCAUCAUAUGUUGUUGUGAUUUUUGUUUUCCAUUAAUUUUACAAUGGUGUUUUCUAUAUUUAGCUACACAACAAACAAAAACUUCCUCUAUUUUUAAUGCAGAUGCAGCAAAUGUUCACAUGUACUAUAAUGAUGAAGGAGACUUGUUUUUCAGGCUAUAAUUUAUUUUUCUAUACAAUUCUUCUAUAAUGAUUAAUAAAGUUUAAUGCAGAGGUGAUUUUGAACUGUG